AUGUUUCUUUCUCAACAGGUUUACGCAAAGGAGAUCAUUGAUCGAGCCGGUAUGUCUACAUGUAAACCGGUUGCGACCCCCGUUGAUACUAAGCCAAAACUUGGCUCAAAUUCGGGCGCUGAUUUUGAGGAUCCAACGUUGUAUCGUAGUCUUGCGGGCGCCCUACAAUAUCUAACAUUCACGCGACCCGAUAUUUGUUACGUUGUGCAGCAAGUCUGCAUGUAUAUGCAUGCACCGAAAGUCGACCACUGGAAUGCUCUCAAACGCAUUAUACGAUAUCUACAAGGUACCUCCUCUCACGGUCUCACCAUCGGUACCUCAGCGGACUUCUCUUUACGUGCAUAUACCGUUGCCGAUUGGGCAGGUUGUCCGGAUACGAGACGCUCCACUUCCGGCUACUGUGUCUAUUUAGGGCCAAACAUUGUCUCCUGGUCGUCUAAACGUCAAUCCGUUAUUUCUAGAUCUAGUGCUGAAGCCGAAUACAGGGGUGUUGCCAAUGUCGUUGCUGAGAUUUGUUGGCUUCGCAACCUUCUCUUGGAGCUACAUCGACCUGUCACCACAGCUAGCCUUGUGUACUGUGACAAUAUCAGUGCAAUUUACUUAUCCGGUAAUCCUGUUUAA